CAACGGGCUUCGGUCAUAUUUGUCUUGCUACCACGUCAACGCACGCUGAUUCCGGUUUGAUGUGUUAUAGCAGCUCGACUAUGACGUGCAUGCUGCAGCCGGGCGGUAGCUGCAGGAUGAGCAGGAGGCGCAGUUGGCAUGCGCCGAUCUCUCCAUGGUGUGUCGCACCUGUAAAGCGCAUCCCACCCGUUACGAUUCCCACUGCGUGAUAAGGUUAAGGUAGGUCGCUCGUUCACUUUCCAUUAUUGCAACGUGCAAUAGACCUGCCGAACAUGUCUCGCCCAGAUGAUUACUACCAACAGCCGCCGAACACCUCGUACAGACACCCCGACCCUAAAAUAGGCGGCCAUGGCGAUAGAGGACCAGCAUAUGACCAAUACGAACGGGAGGAGCCACCCCGCCGAGCGAAACCGACUAAAGAGGCUGGAUACGAUGCUAAUUACUUUCCACCUCCACCACGCUCGGAGUACGGCUCCGCAGGUGGUCGCGAGAAUGAACGGCCGUACGCCCAAAGUGAGCGAGGGCCGGAUGACGGUCAAGCAUUGACACCUUAUGAUGAGGAGAAGGCAUGGGCCCAGUACAACGAUGCUUACGGCCCGCCACCGCAGGAAUCCGAUGCAAGGAGAUCACAGCCUCCACCAUCGGUAGACUCGUACGACAGGCACACAGAAGAUAGGCAUUGGGAUGAGCGCUCGCGCUACGACGACCGAGAGCGCAGACGUCGUAGCCGGCCCCGGUACGAAGAGGACGAGUAUGACCACGAUCGACGCCGUGACCCGCGACCUCUACCACCGCCAGAAGAUGAUCGACGUUCGAGGAAGCAGCGCUCGCCGCCGAAACAGCGCGGCAAGGACUUCUUAGGAUCCGGUGAUGGUGAUCGAGGCUUAGGUGCUACCCUUUUGGGUGGAGCAGCUGGGGCGUUCCUUGGCGAUCAAGCUGACAGAGGGCUUCUCGGUACGAUGGGUGGUGCAGUACUAGGUGCGGUGGCUGCGAGGGCAGGGGAGAAGCAGCUCACGAAGCAUCAGGACGAAAAGUCGGUCCACGUGCGGCGCAAAGACCGAGGUGAGUACGCAGAUCCAUAUCAUGACAGCAGGGACCACAGUAGGGGAGGCAGUAGAGUCGACGAGUUCAGGCCGAGAAGGGAGCCACCGCCACGGAACAGGCGGAGACGUGACGACGAGACUGACUCAUACUACACGGAUGAAAGAGAUUGACGGUGCACACGAAGGAGGAUCGAUUCGGCGCGGAUACAAAGAUCGCGGUCAUGAUUAGAUGAAGUGAGAGACGAUGAUACCCUUACCAUGUAGCUGCAGUGAAUUGAACCAUUAAUCUUCCCACCUCUUAACGAGGCUCCCGC